CGCCAAUAUUAGCCAUUUAAGACAGUUGAAGAGCUUCGAAAAUUCAAAAUUUAAAAAAAAAACUUUCAACACAUACUUAAAAUAUAUACGAUAAAUUUUUUUUUUUAAAAAUGUUUAGCCUUCACUUGUUAUAGUACUCGCGUGUGUUUCUGUCGCAUGAAUCGGAAAACACUUCUAAUAUCAAGAAAACUGUGUCUCGAUAAUUGCGAUUGAAUAUAAAUGUGUUCAUAGUUUUUCUAUCCCCGGGCUAGCUAUUAAUGUGUUUCUUUAAUAUUUUUAAGGCCAACAUACAGAUAACAUAAUUUGUCAACGUUUUCAAAGGGACUAAAGUCAAGAAUUCUACUUACUUUGGCUGUGAGAGUGUUUCAUUGAGGAUUUUCGGUUAAUGUGGUCAUCUGAGAUGGGCCAACUCUGGGGAAUAGGAGUUGUCGCCUGCUUACUCCUGGCCACUGUCGGCGGUCAGCCCGAAGAGUUGGGUGAGUACUGGUCUGGCUCUGUGUGAAACGCUUGAAUCGUAAGAACUUUUGAUAGAACGGAAAGAAUGAUGACCACGCAAAUACUUGCUGAACGUUGAGGUAGUCUCAAAGCUUCUCAAGCAAAUAAGUUAGCGUCUACCCCGGUUUAGAGAUAAAGUUUCCUGCUCCAUCGCUUGGCCCCUUCAUGUUGCAAAAGAAAUGUAUAAACAUUCAAACUGCCAUUGAUCAGAGAAGUUUAUGUAAAUUUGUCAACAGAGACCAAUUAUAAGAAGUUAAAACUUCGAACUCAGAUUUAAAAAAAAAAACCUGAAUUCAUUCUCAUCUCAUAGGCAGAAUAAAAUGCGAAAGAAAAUAAAUAAUUUUGUUUCAACUUAAAUUUCCCUUACUUUUAAGAUAUUUUCCCAUCACAACUAAGCUAUGAAAUAUAAGGGCGUGGCAGGUCGACAUUUUGUUAAGUAAAGAAAAGGACCUUCUUUGAGAAGGACCUUGUUAGAGAAUGGACCUUCUUGGAGUAAGGUCUUCUUAGAGUAGGAGCUUCUUGGAGUGGGACCUCCUUGGAGAAAAACCUUUUGGAGUAUAUUCUAAGUUUUGUACCAAUUUUUUUAAAAAUGUUUAGCAUAUCGAAAAGUUAUUGAAUUGUUAUUAUUUUGAAAGCUAUUUGAUCCAUGAAAUUAACAUUUAUUUUAAUUGAAAGAAAAAGGAAAGAACAACGAGACAAGAUAAAGGGUUACGUAACAUUAGUAAAAACAAAAGUAUUUGUUAAACUUCUAUACAUUGUUAUUUUAAAAACGUCUUUGUAACACCUGACAUGUGUGCACGCCAUGAAUCCGUGAAUGAUGGGUGAUUGAUUGAGAGCUUAGUUUCCGAGUGAUUGAUUGAGAGCCUAGUUUCUGAGUGAUUGAUUGAGAGCAUAGUUUCCGAGUGAUUGAUUGAGAGCCUAGUUUCUGAGUGAUUGAUUGAGAGCCUAGUUUCUGAGAGAUUGAUUGAGAGCCUAGUUUCUGAGAGAUUGAUUGAGAGCCUAGUUUCUGAGUGAUUGAUUGAGAGCCUAGUUUUUUAGAGAUUGAUUUAGAGCCUAGUUUCUGAGAGAUUGCUUGAGAGCCUAGUUCCCGAGUGAUUGAUUGAGAGCCUAGUUUCUGAGUGAUUGAUUGAGAGCCUAGUUUCCGAGUGAUUGUUUGAGAGCCUAGUUUCCGAGUGAUUGUUUGAGAGCCUAGUUUCUGAGUGAUUGAUUGAGAGCCUAGUUUCUGAGUGAUUGAUUGAGAGCCUAGUUUCUGAAUGAUUGACUGAGAGCCUAGUUUCUCGUUGAAUUGAAACAAUCUCCACUAGGAGAGUAAAGCACCUGCACGGUGAGCUGCGAGUUUUGUUGUCAAGUGUACGUGGUGGUGACAAAGGUGGCAGGUGGCAGUGAUGUGGUCGAAUAUCUGAGCUAAAAAUAAAAAUCAAGUAUUGUUGUUGUUGUUGUUUAUUUUUUUAAAUGUUUUUACUAUAUUGCUGGUUAAUGUGUAGAGCAGCCAAGGUUCUGCAAAGGUGCGUGUGUUUUUGAAAACAGAUAUUGUAAAUGUUUCAAUAGAGAUUUGUUUUUUUAUAAAUUUCAUAUUUUUGGUAUAGAAGAAUGUACAUGUCCAAAAUCUACAAUUAAAUUUCCACUGGAUAAGAAAGGGAAUAAAAGUAUGUAAACAAUGGAAUAUUUCUCUAAGCACUAGGAAAUAGGCGGGGAACCUUUUCAUAGUGGAGGGCCGCAUUCAUUUCUAUGAAAUCAAAUGGGCCGCAUUCAUUUCUACGUGAUCAAAUAAGGCGCAGUCAGGGAUGUUGGCACACACAGCCGAACCAUGCAUUGGUUGUGCUCCACGCCAGCCUGAUGUAAUGUACAUUUUUAUGCUUGAACAAACGAACUGUGAUUGUCAUUAAAAUAAUCCAGUAAUUUUCAGACCUGGUUCAUUUUUUUCUUCUGUAAAAUUUUGAUUAACUAAGAUGACUUUAAGACCUAUCUCCCCCCCCCACACACACACACACAGACACACACCCUGUUGCUAAAAAGCUACUAAUUAUUACGAAUGUAUUCUCUGAGGUGUGUGUGUGUGUGAUUAAACCUUCGAAGAAUUGCAAAGGAGCCGAUGAAAAGAAAUAUUAUUUUCUUUUAUAUCUCUAUAGCAGUCGUGGUUUCAUAUCUGAUCUUUAACGGCAUCCGUUUAUUGGGGUGAAUUAUGACCUUUAUAGAAAAAUAAUAAUGUUCACUGCUCACGUGUUAUAAAUUAAACACAUCCCACGUACACAGGGGCGUACCGAAGACUUAUGUCGCCCAAAAUACGCCCCUGUCAACGAUGUUUUUUUAAAAUGAGCUUUCAAAAAUCGCUGCCCGGUUUGAUGAUUUUUGCAUCUACCCCCCCCCCGUGGCGCUCACGGCACGUGUGUGUCUCGCCACACCACCCACAGGUACACGCCCUCGGCAUGUCCAACGUUGCUUCUAUUCUCAUUAGCCGCGAGAUUUGUGUCUCUGUUUCAGUGGGCGACCGGUGCUCGCACGAGCGCAGCAUCAACCUCCCGAAGGAUGGCAAGUGUUUGGUCCCCGUGAAAACGGCCUACGACUGGUCCACGGCCCAGGCGGCCUGUGAGAGGGCCGGGGGGUCACUGUAUAUGGUAAGUGGGAGAGGGGGGUCUCUGUACAUGGUAAGUGGGAGAGGGGUUAUCUCUGUAUAUGAUAAGUUGGAGAGGGUCUGUGUGUGUGCCGAGUGGGAGAGAUAAGUGGUGGUGAAAUGGGGACCUCGAACUGCAUAGUGUGUAAGAUACGGUGUCUCUUAGAUGAUAAGUGGUAAUCAAAUGGGGGUCAUGAUGUGUAUGGUCAGUGUGAUGAGAAUUUGAGUCAUGUUCCGGUUAGUGGGAGGAAAUGGUCUUGCUAAAGCGGGGCAUGAUGGCACCUUCCCCGGAUGUCAACUUAAGGGUGUACCAAAAUCCUAAUCUUGAAGCAAAAUAUCUGAUUGAAUAAAUAAUUUCUUGGAAAUGAGAGGCUCAAUUCAGGCUUUGCCCAGAGGACAGUUUUUUUUCCCCAACCCCUAGUGUGUCCCAUAUACGGUGGUGGAAGAGACAUUGUGCUCCAUAUACGGUGGUGGAAGAGACAUUGUGCUCCAUAUACGGUGGUGGAAGAGACAUUGUGCUCCAUAUACGGUGGUGGAAGAGACAUUGUGAUCCAUAUACGGUGGUGGAAGAGACAUUGUGCUCCAUAUACGGUGGUGGAAGAGACAUUGUGCUCCAUAUACGGUGGUUGAAGAGACAUUGUGCUCCAUAUACGGUGGUGGAAGAGACAUUGUGCUCCAUAUACGGUGGUGGAAGAGACAUUGUGCUCCAUAUACGGUGGUGGAAGAGACAUUGUGCUCCAUAUAUGGUAGUGGGAGAGAUGUUUUGUCCUCAUAUAUGGUAGUGGGAGAUAUAGUAUGAGGCAUAUACGGUAGAGGAAGAGAUAAUAUGUCCCAAUUAUGGUAGUGGAAGAUAUUAUAUUGUGUCCUAUAUUUGAUAGUAGAAGAUUUAUUGUGUCCCUUAUAUGGUUAGUGAGAGAUCAAGUUGGGUCAUGAAUCUGGGCAGCUCCUGUGUGGGGGGGGGGGUCCCUUAUUAGGUUAUUGGUUGAAAAUAAAGGCGAGGCGAUUAUGAUUGCAAAACUGACUUUGAGUCAGAUGAUGGUCUUUAAAUAAAUGAACUUUUGUUUGAACAAGAUGCACGUAGGGGCGAGGGGGGUGUGGGGAUUGAUUCUUCAAAAUCUCAAUCAAUGGUAACAUUCUAUUACUGAAAUUUAAUGAUCUUUUUAGCAAUCUUUUACCAAAAAAUAGAUCUAUGAUCUUUGAUUGCUCUGUUGAUAAAUGUCUUAGAAAUAAAUCUCUUAUUUAUUAACAUUUGAAGAAAAUAAAUAAAAUUCGUAUUUAUUGAGGGGGGAAAGAAAACGUCUCUCAAGAUGAGAAUUUGAAGACGUCUUGACGCUAACACAAUUAGACACACUUAGACACACCGCGAAGCAAAGAAACACAAAAACGAGUUUGUUUAUUUUUAAAGAAUUUGUUGCGUUGCUGUGUUUCCUAAAAUAGAUUGCACGGUGUCCAUUUUAAAGUAAAUCUCACCUUUAUUUUACGGCCACAUUUUCGUAUAUUUCUCAAUCUCUCAAAGAGUCCCAAUGGUCGCCUCCAGUCCCGACCCCAGCUCAUGAGCUGCCUGGCCUCAAUGGCGGACACAAAGUUUGACGAUAUGUGGUUCAACGCCCUGGGGAUGUGGUCACCACAGUUCUUCUGGAUCAACAGUAAGUUCUUUAAAAUUUGCCUUUUUUUUGGUUAUAAUAAUUAUUAAUGAUUUGAUAGACGGUGUUAAUUUAAUAGGCCUAAGAUUUAUAGGAACUAUAUUAUCCGCGGGUGCUGCUCGGUUUCAAACGUGUACAUUUCUUUUAUCAUUGCUCAUUCCUGAAACGUCCAUUCCACACUCUCUCAUUAUAACUUCUCUCCCUGGUGGAUAAUUUCUAAUUUGUCCAUGUCUCAUUGAUGGCCAGUCUCUCCCUGGUGUAUAAUCUCUCAUUUGUCCAAGUCUCAUUAAUAGUCAUUCUCUCCCUAAUGGCCCAUCUCUCAUUUGUCGAUGUCUCAUUAAUUGAUUAAUGGAGGACUUCUCACUUCUCUCAUUCACUUCGGUCAUUUGCGUAGUUUUCAGCAUAUCAUUGGUCUAUUGUUUAUCUUUAACUUAUUUCAGAAUAUAAAUAAGUACAUGUUUUAACCAAAACAAAAUUUUACCUUUAUAACAAUUUAAACACAAGACAUCUAAAAUCUAGCGUAGAAAUCAGCCACCAAUGAACUCCGUAUGGGACAAUAAUCACUUAGAUAGCGAUGAUUUAGGUUUGGUAACCACUGUGGUUGUGGUUGUGUUUGGGGGGGGGGGGCAUGAUGGUGAAUCCGAAAGCAAAACUUUGAUAUUUUUUCCGGUCCUAACUUUAAAUUGAAAGAAUUCGCCCUGAUCGAGUUGAUCUUAGGUAUCUGUGAUGGUGAGGUUGGGAUGAAGGGUGGGAUGGGAUCUUAGGUAUCUGUGACGGUGAGGUUGGGAUGAAGGGUGGGAUGGGAUCUUAGGUAUCUGUGAUGGUCAGGUUGGGAUGUAGGGUGGGAUGGGAUCUUAGGUAUCUGUGACGGUGAGGUUGGGAUGAAGGGUGGGAUGGGAUCUUAGGUAUCUGUGACGGUAAGGUUGGGAUGAAGGGUGGGAUGGGAUCUUAGGUAUCUGUGAUGGUCAGGUUGGGAUGUAGGGUGGGAUGGGAUCUUAGGUAUAUGUGACGGUGAGGUUGGGAUGAAGGGUGGGAUGGGAUCUUAGGUAUAUGUGACGGUCAGGUUGGGAUGUAGGGUGGGAUGGGAUCUUAGGUAUCUGUGACUGUGAGGUUGGGAUGAAGGGUGGGAUGGGAUCUUAGGUAUCUGUGACGGUGAGGUUGGGAUGAAGGGUGGGAGGGGAUAUUAGGUAUCUGUGACGGUGAGGUUGGGAUGAAGGGUGGGAUGGGAUCUUAGGUAUCUGUGAUGAUAAGGUUGGGAUGUAGGGUGGGAUGGGAUCUUAGGUAUCUGUGAUGGUCAGGUUGGGAUGAAGGGUGGGAGGGGAUCUUAGGUAUCUGUGAUGGUGAGGUUGGGAUGUAGGGUGGGAGGGGAUCUUAGGUAUCUGUGAUGAUCAGGUUGGGAUGUAGGGUGGGAUGGGAUCUUAGGUAUCUGUGACGGUGGGGUUGGGAUGUAGGGUGGGAGGGGAUCUUAGGUAUCUGUGACGGUGAGGUUGGGAUGUAGGGUGGGAGGGGAUCUUAGGUAUCUGUGACGGUGAGGUUGGGAUGUAGGGUGGGAGGGGAUCUUAGGUAUCUGUGACGGUGAGGUUGAGAUGAAGGGUGGGAUGGGAUCUUAGGUAUCUGUGAUGGUCAGGUUGGGAUGAAGGGUGGGAGGGGAUCUUAGGUAUCUGUGACGGUGAGGUUGGGAUGUAGGGUGGGAGGGGAUCUUAGGUAUCUGUGACGGUGAGGUUGAGAUGAAGGGUGGGAUGGGAUCUUAGGUAUCUGUGAUGAUCAGGUUGGGAUGUAGGGUGGGAUGGGAUCUUAGGUAUCUGUGAUGGUGAGGUUGGGAUGAAGGGUGGGAGGGGAUCUUAGGUAUCUGUGACGGUGAGGUUGGGAUGAAGGGUGGGAGGGGUUCUUAUGUAUCUUUGACGGUGAGGUUGGGAUGAAGGGUGGGAGGGGAUCUUAGGUAUCUGUGACGGUGAGGUUGGGAUGAAGGGUGGGAUGGGAUCUUAGGUAUCUGUGACGGUGAGGUUGAGAUGAAGGGUGGGAUGGGAUCUUAGGUAUCUGUGAUGAUCAGGUUGGGAUGAAGGGUGGGAGGGGAUCUUAGGUAUCUGUGAUGAUCAGGUUGGGAUGAAGGGUGGGAGGGGAUCUUAGGUAUCUGUGACGGUGAGGUUGGGAUGAAGGGUGGGAGGGGAUCUUAGGUAUCUGUGAUGGUCAGGUUGGGAAGAAGGGUGGGAGGGGAUCUUAGGUAUCUGUGACGGUGAGGUUGGGAUGAAGGGUGGGAGGGGAUCUUAGGUUCUGUGAUGGUCAGGUUGGGAUGAAGGGUGGGAUGGGAUCUUAGGUAUCUGUGAUGAUCAGGUUGGGAUGAAGGGUGGGAGGGGAUCUUAGGUAUCUGUGAUGGUGAGGUUGGGAUGAAGGGUGGGAUGGGAUCUUAGGUAUCUGUGAUGGUCAGGUUGGGAUGAAGGGUGGGAGGGGAUCUUAGGUAUCUGUGACGGUGAGGUUGGGAUGAAGGGUGGGAUGGGAUCUUAGGUAUCUGUGACGGUUAGGUUGGGAUGAAGGGUGGGAUGGGAUCUUAGGUAUCUGUGAUGGUGAGGUUGGGAUGUAUGUUUAGUUUUACAACAGCAUUUUCCUUUAAAUAGUUCUUCAAGUGAAGGAUGUUUCGUUCUGAGAUAUUACUUGCUUUCUUGAUUAGUCUGUUUUAUCGGUGUUAGAUGUCAGACGAUCAAUUCUCACAUCCCAGCAUUUAAUAGUGCAGUUCUGUAGGCUUCCAAUUGUUGCUCUGUAGUGUAAGUUAUUAACUUAAUACGUCUACAUUUUUUAUAUAUUUUUUUAAGUUAGUAAAAUCGUUGUUGACUUUUUUUAUACAGAAGUUGACCGUGUUCCUGCCAUGUUAGUUUAAUGUUUAUGUGACACCUAGGUUCUUAUACGUCUCUACUUGCUCUAUACUGUGACACCUAGGUACGUAUAUGUCACUACUUGCUCUAUAUGGUGACACCUAGGUUCUUUUAUGUCACUACUUGCUCUAUGUGGUGACACCUGGGUUCUUAUAUGUCACUACUUUCUCUAUAUGGUGACACCUAGGUUCUUAUAUGUCACUACUUGCUCUAUACUGUGACACCUAGGUACUUAUAUGUCACUACAUGCUCUAUAUUCUGACACCUAGGUACUUAUAUGUCUCUACUUGCUCUAUACUAUGACACCUAUGUACUUAUAUGUCUCUACUUGCUCUAUACUGUGACACCUAGGUACUUAUAUGUCACUACUUGCUCUAUACUAUGACACUUAGGUACUUAUAUGUCACUACUUGCUUUGAUUUUUUUAUUGUGAAAUCUGCAAUCGGGGGAUUCUCCCUCCGACAAUGGACAACCAUUUCUUACGUUUUUGAGAUGUUCAACUUCAGAAAAUGUUCAUCGUAUCAACUGCUAAAGCUUGUAACUAAGUUGCGUUAUAAGUUUUCCCAUUCGAAUAGUAAUUGAACGAAGAUGGUAUCAUCAGCGGGUUUCAUGCUUGGGACAGUAUGGCUCUGAGUAUCACCAAUAGGCCCUAUCUGUAUUGUACACAGGAAAGUGGGGAGAACGCAACCUUUUGGCACCCCUUUUUCCAGUUAAUGAUAUUUGGUCAUUGAUCUUGACAUACUGUGGGUGAUUUCUUCAAAAGUUCAGUAAUCACGCUUGAAUAUUUGAAUUUACGCCUAACUGAAGGAAGAUUUGAAGUCAUAAGCGGUGUGGUUGGAUUGUGUCACAUGCUGAUGAGAAGUCUAUAGGAAAAGCAACCUAGCAUAUUUUUGGGGGCUGUCUAGGUGAUGGUUAAGUCUUUCCCAUGAUAGUAAGGUGGCAGGCAUCCUUGUUACUUCUGGCAAAUUAUGUGCAAAUAGGUGGGGUCUAGUUUUUGCUGUAUUUCAUUCAAAAUUUGUCUUAGGAUACAUUUCUCAGAAUAGUUCAUGGCAGUAGAUGUAAGUGCGACAGGACGUAAGUCUUUAUUCCAAAUGGCUUUAUCUUUCUUUGGAAUUUGUAUAAUUUCUGAAGUUCUUCAUUUUUUUGGUAUGGUGUGAGUUUCAGACAAUUUAUUAAAUAUGUAACAACAAAUGUAGGAGAGCUUUUCUGAGCAGAGUUUAACAUUUAAUUUGUCUGGCCCUGAUCAUGCCAUGGCUACAUUGUCUUGUUAAAAUAACAACAUCACUUCCUCUUCAGUCAACAAUAAUAGACAAUCAUCCCCUGUAACACUGCUACAGUUAAAUGAAUUCUUCAUGUCAUUAUGGGAAUUUUCAAAAUCAAGACUGUCAAAACGACAAUAAAAGGCAUUGAAUUCAUAGACAAAAUUAUUCCCAGCAUCAACACGCACGCAUUCACGUUAAGUGAUACCCUGAUAGAGGAUUUUUGCGUUGACGUUUGCUGACCUAUUGUGCUUUUAGGUCCUUUAUAGUAACUUCACUUUUGUUCGCGUGUCUCUGUCCUUCUGUGUUGGUGACAAUUCGGACGGCUAAUUGACCGAAUUCCCGUCAUUCUAUUAAGCUGAAACUUGUCACAUAGAUUUGUUGCCAAUUAAAACAUAUUCUAUCAAAUUUAUUACUACAAUACCCGUCAUUGCCUCGCGUAUUUAUUCCGUUAGCGCAGGGAUGGCCGACCCGUGGCCAGAAUGCGACCCGCCACGACAAAUCUUGCGGCCCAUGGAUGACUUAUUUAUUAAAACAAUAAACGUAUUACUCUUCAUUCAAUAACCCACGAAAUCGAUUUUAAACAGACAAUGGAGAGAAAGGAAACAAAUUUGACGUCACGUUAGCUUAGAUUUAUUCUGUUUUGUUAUUUUAGCAUUUCAUUGUGUGAAUUAUGAAUAAAUAAACAUUUCUAUACAGCAUAGUGACCCGUGAACGGUUUUCUCGAUAUCAUACUGGUCCCUGAUGACUUUUGGAUUGACCACCCUUGCGUCAUCGCAUUAUUGGAUGUUUUCUUGAAAAAAAAAAAGCUUCUUUAAUGAUUUAUUUUCUAUCUCCAACAACAGUGACUUUGGUGAAUGGUAUCAACUACUGCAGCAACGACGAGCCACCUCGCGAAGACGCCAGCAACGUGGCCAUCACGAGUGACUACCUGAGUGUCGAUUACUGCGUCUCCACCUGCCACGACAGGGGUGCCAGGUUUAUUGUUUUACACGUGAGUAAAGAUCUAUCUGGCCACUCGGGUUGAGAGUUUCGGUCAAUUUCGGCUUUGCAUUUAAAGCUAGUUUUUCAUAAUUUUUUUCUUCUUCAUAUCGCGUUGUGCAAAUAAAAGACGACAAAAAAUAGGAGGCCUAUAACGUAUCUCAUAAAUUAUACAGGGACUGGGAAUAUAAGUGCACUGUGCAUGGAUGGGUGGGAUAUUGAAAGAGUCUACACAAAGUACGAAGAAAAAAAAACAUGAUAGUUUAUAUAGAUACGUGACUCACCAGUUUCAUGUGGUAGGCCGUAGCUGGCGCUAAUAUUCAUCUUGGCGAGUUUUCAAUUGUUUUUAAUUCAUUUUUUACAAUUAUUAUUUUUUUUUUUCAAAUUAGAAAGCCUUUUAAAUUUAAAUGUGUUUAGCCUAACUAUUUCCAACAUUAACGAUAAUUUAUGUCUACCAUUUACGGUGAACUGCAGUCAAAUCACUGGUCAAACGUGUGUGCUAAAACGUAUGUGUAGUUCACGCACCACAACUUUAAGUCACUGAUCCUAAUUUAAAUAAUUCAUAAUGAAUUAAACCCCAAGCUUUCGGAUAUGAGGAAUACCAAGAACAUAAUAAUAUGUCGCCCACAGCAAGAACUAAAAUUGCGCCCCUAUUGAGCGUGAGAAGCCUGUAUAUAAUUACGAUCUAUAUCGUGUUAUUGGCAUUUGCAAGAAGAUAAGAUUUUAAAGCAUUUUGACCGUAUUCAAUCAGUUACGAAAAGUUUAAAAUCAAAAUGCAAUGAUGUUCAACAACAAAUGAUGUUCGGCCACCCUACGCUAACGGAAUGAAUAAGUCAGGGAAUGUCGGUUUUGUGGUUAUAAAAUAUGAUAUUAUUAUGUGUAGUCAUGGGCAACGAGUAUAUGUCGCCAUGUUUCAGCUCGAUAGGUCGACGGGAAGUGUGUCAAUCAGCCGUCCAAAUAUUUUGCCACCAAGCCUGAAAAAAAAAAAGAACAACACACAACAACAAAGGAGAGCGAAGUUAAUAUAAUGUUGUUUUUUUUGAAGUGAUGAUUUCCUCCCAAUUAUCCUCCUCAGCCUUAUCUUUCCUCUCAACCAUCUACCAUACCAACCCCACGGAAUGACACUCUCUGCUUCAACACAUCACCCUCUCCCCUCCCUCCCCCUCUCUCUCGCUCUCUCUCUCUCUCUCUCUCACUCUGUGUGUGUGUGUGUGACCAGUCUCCUUUUCCUAUAAUUUUAUUUUAUUUACGAAUUAUUUUAAUGUCUUUCUAGACGAUUUUAAAUAUUAAAAACUAAUAUUCAAUACAAAUGGCAUAUAAUUUAUAAUAAUUAUAUUGCUUUACUCCAUUACUCAAGGUGUUUUUUUUUAUUUCGCCUCUGGUCCAUAUUGUCUUUACUGAUUAUUCAAUUCAGUUAAUCAGCGCUUUUUUUUUCCAUAACAUUAAUAAGCGUAUUUAACCAUGACUAUGUGUUGACAGAAUAAAGGGAAAUCCCCCGAGUGCUACUGCAAGCACGAGCUAGAUGCCAAGUACCAAGGCCAGUGUGUUAGGGACGACUUUUCUGUAGUCAACAAAAAUAAAACAAGCUAUUUCAUUGUGCAUGCUAAAGAAGGUAAUUUGUGCAGCUUUGGUAGAGAAUAUGUGAUUUCUGGCCCCAUGUCAAGAUUUGUUGUAUGAUGAAAGACCAGCCCAUACUUGACUUGAAAUAACUGUUUAUUCUACAAAAUAAUUUUCUUCCCAAUUUAACAACAUUUUUUACCACAAAGCAAAGUUGUUGUUUUUUUAUUUUUUGGCUACUUGUAGCACUUUACCAUUAAAAGAAAAAAUUCAUGAUGCCCAUUAAGAAUAUAUUACUGUUUGAUUUCAAAGAUGUAUGGUUUGAAUCCCCAUAACAAAACUGUGGGCAGUAAAAGUGCACCAUUAACCAUUAUUUUAAAUUGACUGAAAAAGCCUUUGAUUGACGAUUUUUUUAAACACCCAUCUGAACUUAUAUUUUAGCCAUACACUAAGAUUCAAUAUACUCUAUGCUACCAGCUGCUCAUCUGGAAGUUAACUUAAGUAUUAGAUACUUUGUUUGUAGGGGUCCUUCCUAAAAUGUGUCUAUUAAAAAAAGUAAUCUCAUUGGUUAAGUAUAUUCCUAAUAUUAUUUGCCUUUCCCAACUAGAAAACCCAUAACGCUGUCACUCAUGUAUCUGUAACUCAUGUAUCUGUCACUCAUAUAUGAUGAAACCCUGCCUUCAUCGUGACCGUUCAUAAUCACAGUGCUAUAAUAAUAAAUAGUAGGUGAAAUUGAAUUAAUAUUUUAUAUUUCUCCAGAUAACCUCAUUAAGCUGGCAGCAUCAGAAGCCUUUUCCAAAACAGAAAUCUUGUGCGCCACUGUGGACCAAACAACCCUUGCCAAGAGGGAAAUGCGUAGUGAUACAUGCUUUACUCCGCAUUUUUUCGUCUGCUGUCUUGGUAAUAGCAAUGUUUUUAAAUCUUUAUUUUGUUCCAUAAAGCCCUUUUGGGUUAUUUCUUGUACUUCUCAUUUACUGAGAAUGUUUGAGUUGAUAUGAAUAAGGGGUUUAUAAAGUUAGGCUCAAUCACUUUCGGAUAAAAGGUAUCUUCUUUUUAAACAUUAUUGUUUCUUUAGAUUUAAAUUUAAUUCAAAAGUUGAAAUUAAGAAAAGAAAAAUAAAUUUCAUUAAAUUUUUGUUUGUUUAUACACUACUUUUUUCUUUUUGUUACUCAUUUAAUAGUUUGGUUAGGUAAUUUUGUUUUUAUAGAUAUAAAUAAAUAGUCAGGAUUGUCUUAACACUAUACUAUUUUUUUUUUAUAUUGCAGGGGAGACAGCAAAAUGUAAUUCAACUGAAUGCACAGGAACAGAGUGCAGGUUCUUGAUGAGGGACAAAUGCAUGCUUCGUGUGUCUUUGAACUACAACUGGUAUGCGGCGAGGGCAUACUGUGUCAACCGAGGGGGGGACUUGUGGAAUAUGCAUGAACUUGAUGAGAUGAAACAAGUGAACCAAUUUCUUGAUGGUGUUUCAAGGUACUGGAUUGGCGCCACCAACUACGCCUGGUCAUUCAAUGCUAGUAAGUUGGGAAUUUAUCAAAGCUAGUUCAAACAGUAGGCAUAUAUUUAGAAGAAAAUUUUUGAAUAGAUGCUCUUUUGACGUUAAAUAAACUUUAUGGGGAUUUAUUCACAGACUGAUUCAAUCAAAUAAAUCACCAUUACAUUCAGAAUUUGAAAAAAAAAUAGAUCUAAUAAUAAUUUUACUUCUAUUUUUUUUAAAUUUUGAAUAGAAAAGUAAUGUUUACAAAGAUCUACUGAAAAUAUUUACACAUAGUGUAUUUUUCAGCCAGUGCCCAGUUGUUGCAGGCACAGGGAAAUUUUAACCUGUUGAAAUGUGGUCACAUGUUCCGCGAGAGGCUCACAACACCAGGACUUGCCACUUGGCAAUGGGGUGACACUGUUUGUGAUCAGCAAAAGUCUUUCCUCUGUGAAUUUGGUAUGAAAAAUUAGCUGUUGUACCUGCUCUCUAGUAAAUUUAUUAAUGUAUCCAAUAGUUAAAAUUUUUAUAAGAAAUAUUUCAUUUACAACAUAACCUUGGGUUGUUUUUUUUAAACACUUCAGAAAAAUAUUAAUUAUACUUGGCAUUUUCACAUUUUUCUGGCCAAAGCAAAAAGUUUUUAAUGAUCUUACCAUGUCCUGGUAUAAAUUUAUUUUUAAAAAUUAUUUAAAGUAUAUUUUAGUGGCAACUGAGUCUUCUUGCCUUUUCUUAUAGAUUUUAUUUGGAAAUAAAAAUGUAAAACUUUACCUCCUACAUAAUUAUUGAAAAACAGUAAAGACAACCUUUACAAGAGAGGAAGUGAAUAAUGAAGUGACCUGCCCUUGGACCAUUAUCUACCCACCCGUGACAGAUGAACCACCAAUCAUACCUAUCACAGCUGGUCCUAUAGUUUCUGGAGGCAGCAAUGAUGGUAGGUUUUGUUUUGCUGCAAAAAUAGUUACUGAGAAAAUCAUGAAGGCUACUUUUUGUAAGAGAGAAUGCAGAUUGAAACUUAAAAAAUAAAAUAUUCAAAUUUCAAACAUAAAUAUAUUGGGUGCGACCAGUUAGACAAAAAAAAAUAUUUUCUGGGUGAAAAUAGCGGAUUAUUUGUUCCCUUUUUGUAUUAUUUGUCACAACUAUCACCUAGGCUAUGAAAACAUUGAUUGAAUGAAGAUUCUAUGAAGUGAAAGGAAAGAAAAUAUUCAGAUUUAAAGUUUACUUUUUUUUUUUUUAAAUAUUAUUGGAUCUGUUUUAUACUCAACAUACUGAAUUGAGUUUAAAAAAAACAAACAUGAUUUUGGAACCUACCAAAAUUGAAAAUGUGGGCCUCAUCCAUGAGUAAGUUACUUUUUUUUUUACAAAAAUUUUGGACUUACCUCAAGGGAUACUAUGUCUUUUCAAGAAAAGAUUCACAAUACAUAUUUCAGUUGUAAUUGUACUAAAAAUUCAAACAAAUAUCUUUAAAGAAACAAUUACAUGUUAUUGUAGUAAAAUUUCAUACACAUCAUAUCAUUAAAGAAACAAUUACAUGUUUUAUUACAGUUAUUUAAUACGGGUGCAUAGGGAACAAAAACUCAAUGUAGCCUACAUUUAUAAAACAUUUUCAAGUCUUUUUUUUAAUUUUAUUUCAGACAGUUUCCCAUUAGCAGCUGUCAUAGCAGCUUGUGUUGCCGCUCUGAUUUUGUUAACUUGUCUGGCUUUAGCAGCUGGAUACUGUCAUAGACAGUAAGCAUUGCAUAAAUUAUGCCUUAAAUUUGCUCUCCUCUCAAUUAGCUGGUAGUGUUAAGGGUAAAGUAUUAAGCUUAAAAAAAAAAGGAAUUAAAUGAAUCGAGCUUUGUAAUUUUAGUAAAAUUUUAACCAGAAUUUUUCGAUUUUAUCCUAUUAUUUUAGUGUCAAGAUAUCCCCAAAAUAUUGAAAUGUAUUUGACAUAUUCUAUGGAAGUGCAGGGUAGUUGCCAUUUUACCUCAAGUCAUUUUAGAAUAAGUAGUUUUUUUGUUUUUUAUGAUUAAAGAUUUUUACAUUGAAGGAUGACUUCAAUUAAAUUUGUUAGUUGAAUAUUUAAAAUUAGUUUUUAAAAACUAAAAGCUUUAUAAAUUAGCAAAAUUUGAAAAAAAAAAUUGAAAAUUAAAGGAAAGAAAAGUUAGAAAAUAGAUACAAGUACAUAAACUUUAAUUGUACAAAUAGAUUGUAAAAAUACUUAAUUCCUAUUUUUUCUUUCAAUUUAUAUCAAAAGAAAAUCAAAUUAAUUUUUUUCAGAGGAAAAUUCCGUAAAGCUAAAGAACAUUUGGCAUUUAUUCCUUAUUUCGCUGAUGUUAGCACCGGUGCAGACUACAGUAAGUUUUGCUGCAUUUUUUUUCUGAGAAAAUUUAGGACUGCAAUAAUAAUCUAUAACUACAAGCUUUCAUUAUGCUUAAUUUUCAAGACUUUUAAAAUCAUUAUUUCAUGAAAAUUUAUAUAUAAAUCUAUACAACUAAUUUGAACUUAUCAAACAAAAAUUUAUCAUAAUUAUUCAUCGAAAUCUUAUUUCAUCAAAUUAAUAUAUAUUGUAAAUUUUCUCAUUUCCUGUACACAGCUUUGAGAAGCAACAUGAGUUCAGUAUCUGAGCAUGGUUCCCAAGUAGGUUUUGUUUUUCUUGUUUAUCUAAAAUUAAAAUAAGCCUUUAAUCUUUUUAAUUUAAAAUUUAAUUCAUGCCUUAAUUCAUGAAGUAAAUAAUCUUUAUAUUUUUUUUCUUGAUUUAUUUAUAUAUUUUUAUUUUUUUUAAACAUUAAUUCAAUUUAAUUUAAAAGACUAAAGGCUUUUUACAAACUAGGGGUCUUUUCAAUGUUUCAACAUUUGAUGGAUGUUAAAAUUACUUGUCCUGGCAUAUCUGUCUGAAGAUGUACCUCGUCUUUCAAGGUCUCAAUUUAAAAGAAAUAAGUCCUCAAUUUCAGGAAGAUAUCAUUAGAAAAAUAACUGAACUUUGGGAAAAUCUAGAUUUUUUAAAGGUUACUUCCCCUUUAACAUAAAAUUAUUAGCUCUAAUAAAUACUAACCUCUUUAUUAACAAUAUUACACUACUAUUAUGCAUUCUUUUACCAAAUGUUAUUAAGAUCGCUAUUUAGGUUACAAAAAUCUUUUACCUAGAGAUAGGUGUAUACAAAAUAAUUACUUAGAGAACCACUGAAAUUUGCCUGCUAGUUUUAUUUUGUUUGAUUCAAGAUUGGACUGAUGAAAGGUGGAGGUGGCUUCCAGUCUGGUGGAGGCGGCUUCCAGUCUGGUGGAGGCGGCUUCCAGUCUGGUGGAGGCGGCUUCCAGUCUGGUGGAGGCGGCUUCCAGUCUGGUGGAGGUGGCUUCCAGUCUGGUGGAGGGGGCUUCCAAUCUGGUAUGUCAGCCUUCGCUAUGUCUACAUCUUAUGGUGAACAGAAUGGUGCAUUUUCUACUCAGUCUCUGGACAGGGGUCAAAAGGAUAACAUGGCGAGGAAACUUGCAGAAAGUCAAAGUUAUCUAGUUAGUGGAAACUCAUCCAUGGGUAAAUACUUUUAUGUUACGGAUGUAUAUAUAUUCACAUGCAACACAACUUCAUGAAGUAAAUAAUCUUUAAGAUUACUUAAAUUGUGGUUAUAGAGCAAAAUUAUUGUUCAACAUUAGACCAACUUCUUAAUGUGUUGGUCAAACUGAGCAAAAAUGGUUAUUUUAUUCAUUUCUUUUUUUUUUUGUACAGAUGAAAGGGGCUUUGCGGCGACUUACAACACAAUGCCACACAAAUCACGAGACUACAUGACUUUACAAGCACAGAUGGACAUCAAGGUGUGUAGAUAGAACUGUGGUGCACUAAAAUGGGGGUGGGACAAGAAGUGGUCCAUUCAAACUACCAUCAAGUGUAGGGAUUCUAUAAUGAGAAAUAAAAAGCAAUAAAGAUGUUUCCAAUUUUUUUUUCUCUCUUCCUUCCUUUAAUUUUAAGUAGGCCUGCAAUUUUUUUAAUGUAUAUUCUUAAAAAGAGCUAAAACAAUUUUUUAAAAUAAACCUGCAUCAUGGCAGUUCAUUAUAUUAUACAAGCAGCAUGAUUUUUGAAAUGACAUAACAAGUUACCAAACAAAGGAGGAAAAAAAAUUACCAGAGCUGUCGUGCCAAUUUUAGUAAAAUCACAGGGCAUUAACAGUUACACAGUAUUACUAUGGAGCUGUUGUUUUUUUUUUAAAUAAAUUUAAUGUACAAGAAUACUAACUUAAAAACUUAAAAGAAAAAGUGAACACUUUGGUGUUUUUUUUCAGGAUGAUGCUGAGUUAGCAGCCAUGAGGGGAUCAAUACGGGGCAAGCCGGAAGUGACAUUGGUCACAGACAAUGUGGACAUGAACUUCACUGUGAAUCAUGCUGUCUCCCACAGCCUCAGCCAUGCUGGCAGUGAUAGGUCAAGGUCAUCACUUGAAAGGACAAUGGAGGAGAUAACAAUGCCGGUCAGUGAAGGGGGAGUACUCAGAAACCUACCAGAGAGAGUAGCAGAAGCCAGAAUCUACACAACCCAAAGCAAUAUUUAGACACAAAUCCUGCCUUCUGAAGCAAAUCUGAGCUUAGGAGUCGAUGGGAAAAAAAUUGAUUUGUGCAGCCAUAAAUAUGACAAUGUGUAUCGAAUAAGAUUGAGGAAUUUUCAAACCAAUACAAGGAUGGAUUUUUUUUUAAUGACGUUUUACAAAUUAGAUCUAAUUUAUUAACAUUCAAGCUGAUGUUAUAUUUUUAUGUCAAGAGCUUAGCAAUUUCUUUUUAUUUAUAAAAAAUUUUUAAUACCAAUCUAAAAGAUAUGGUUAAAAAAUGUCAAUUGUUUCUACUGAACUGUCAUCAUGAAGUUUUAAAUUUGGCAAAUGAAAAUGAUUAACUCAUUCAUAAUAUGUUUCAACUAAAAUGAGUCUUUAUGGAAGAAAAUAAUGAAAUAAGAUAUUUAAUGAGGUGGAAAAUGUAUGGAGCUGACCCAUUAUAUCCUUUUUCGGGGAUCUUUUUAUUAAUUGCAGUCAAUUUUAACAAUACUUGAUAAAAUAGUGAAAAAUUUAUUUAAAACAGGUUUUAAUUAUAAAAAGGUUUAAUGAUUAAUCUUUUUCUCAUGCUUGCUUAUCAUUGCUGUUUAGUGGUAUAUAAGAAAAGUUUAUUAUUUUUUGCAAACUAAAAUUAUAUAUGCAACCUACAUAAUAUUUGGAAGGAAGUCUGAUGUUAAUUAAUAAUAUGAAAUUAAAUUUUAUAUUAAUAUUACUUUGUUUGAUUAUAUUAAAAAUAUAAAUCAGUUUAAAAAUGUGUUAAUUAAGACACAAAUAUAUUCUAGAGAAUUUUGUCUUAACUAUUAGUAUGGAACUUUAAAAAAACAGGUAAGCUCUGUUUGUAUGCAUUCAUAAUUUAAAUUUAAAUUAAGACUUUCAUUCAAUCAUCAGUUCAAAGUUAAUUUAGAAAUCAGCAAAUCGAAUAAUGACCUAUUUAUUUUUUGACACGAUAGCUAACUGCUUCAUACAACUUUGUUUAGUUGGUUCUAUACCGGUUUAUAUAUGGAGAUUGUACAUACAAGUUGCAAUGUCAUAAUCCUUGGGGAAUUCUGUUUUGUAUUGACUCAUCAAAAUGUAUCACUCAUGAAGCUUUAAGUGCCUUACUGUCUUGGAGAUUGAUCUUUGCCAUGAAUAUUAGUUGAAACUGAAUGAAUCUCAAUAGCUUUUUAUUUUAUAUGAAAUUAGUAUUUUUAUUAAUUUACAAAUAAGCAUCUAUAUCAGCGGUUCUCAACCUGUGGGUCGCAACCCCCUUUGGGGGUCGCGGGACCCUUUUCCAGGGGUGGCCUAAGACCAUCUGGAAACACAUAUCCUUACAGCUAUGAAGUAGCAACGAAAAUAAUUGUGUGGCUGGGGGUCGCCACGACACGAGAAACCUUAUUAAAGGGUCAUGGCACUAAAAAGGUUGAGAACCACUGAUCUAUAUAAUGACAAAAUUAACAUAAUAUUAUGUAAUCAUUUAUGAAGUCAUUAUCUUUCUCUCAUGGUUUGGGAAAAGGGGGGGGGGGGCAGUUAAAGUGUUUUUAAAAUAAAAAAGCAACCUUUUUUCAGCAAUAAAUUAAUAUAAAAUACCUGGAGGAAAUAUGUGCACAUUUUAUGAAAUUAGCAAUUCAUUUAUUUUGAUACCUGAUUCAUAUCGAAUGAAUUUGAACUCAUAGAUUUUGUUCAGCAAAACUUGUUAUUAAAAUUUCUCCAUAAAAUUAUCCAGAUCAAUAUUUAUUUUGCUGAUAUUUUCAUGAUAAAGCAUUUGUGCAAAUAUUUGGACAUUGCAAAUACAACUUUUUUUUUUUAGUGCAGGCUUUAAAGAAUCCACUUUAAUUUAGGGUAUGUACUUAGUUUUAUGUUUUAUUAUGAAAACUAAAUCUACAUUUGAUGACAUAAACAACAGCAGUUUUUUUUUUACAGGCUUUUGACCAAAAUUUAAACAGUAAAAAUGGUUUAUAUAAUAAUUUAUAGUUCUAGAAAGAGAAAAUGGGGAUAGGGGAAAAAUAUUAGGUGGCAGCAGUUUUCUAACUAAAACUUGUACAGACAUUCCCAGAAUUGAACAGCCUUGCACUUCUAUUGUGUUCAUGUCUGAAAUGAGGAAUUUAUUUUUUUGUAACAGUGAAAAAUUGAUUUCUUGUUGUUUUUUUUUUGUUUUUUUUGUCCUCAAAGGAUCUUAUUGGAUCAAUUUGUGCAAAAUGCUUUGUACUAUACUUGUUACACACAUUUAUUGCCUGUGGUUCUUACAUCUUAUUAACUUGAGCUCUAUGAAAAAUGAUUUUUAUUUCUUUAUUAUUAUGUUAUCUGCAGCAGGUUCUGUUUGUAAUCUACUUUAAAUUCUGCAUACAAAUCGGCACAUUGAAAUGAAUUUUUUUUUAAACAACUUUAAAUUAGUAGUACCAAGAUGCGAUAAAUAUAUUUAUUGGGGUAAUAGCUUCUUUUGUUAUUCUUACGACUUUUUAAAAAAAAUGAUUUUUUAAAAAAAAGGGGGGGGGGGGCCUCAUUAUUUAAUAGGCCACAAAAUUAUUGCUGAUAAUAUUAAGUAAUAUUCUUAUUAUAAUCUAUCACAUCCUACACACUAUUUUCUUCUAUCAUAUUUAAUUUCAUUAUAAUUUGAAAAUGGUGGUUCCCAGCCUUUAACCGUUUAAUCCCCACCUUUUUUGUUUUUUUAAGUUAGAAAUCUAAUCAACAUGCAAACCUUUGAAAAUUUCUUAUAACUUAGUUAACGUAAAGAACCACUGACUGAAGAGCCAAUUUACCAGGAAUUCAACUCAGACCAACUUGAGAUUCUUGUAAAUAAAAAUACAUAUUAACAAUGUUGUACAGUAUAUUAAAUUGAAACUAACAAAAAUAUGUAUGCUGAAAAUGUUCUGAUAUCAUCAAGUGAAAUGGGGUUAAAAGGCACUCUUGUAAAUAAUUACCAUUCGUCCAUAUGUUAUGAUAUUUAUCAAAUGUGUAGUUAAUUUAUAAAUAGCUGUUUUUUAUUCAUUAACAUUUAAUCCUUCAGAGAAAUUUUUUUUUUUUAAGUUCUAAUAAUGCUGAUGAAACAUUAAAUACACCCCACAUUUGCUAAUUUACUUUCAAUUUUGGUGUAAUAAAUCUUCAAUUAAUUAGUGUUAUUACUUAUGCAAAUAAACUAAGAAUAAAAAUAGAAUUUUCUUGUUUGUAUAAUACUUAAGAUUUGGUGUAGACUCUAAGCUCAAGCUGUGGGAAAAGAAGAUUAGGAACACAUAUCUUUUUAUCCUAAAAACCGACUAAAACUACAAAACCUGAUGCAAUCUGAUAGGGAUAAACAUUGUAGGCCUUGUUUCUUUGGAGUGGUUGCAAUGUUUCUGCUGGUCUUUGUUUAGUGGAGAGGACUCAAGAAUAAAUGUUUAUACUGUCCAAAGCAAAUAUGAAGAACAUAAUAUUUUAUAAUACCUGAACUCAUAUGAACAAAGGUUGGGAAAAUUAGGUUUCUGGGAUGUAUCUAUAUGUGUAAUGAUUGUAAUAAAUAAGAAAAAUAACUAUGAAUGGAAAGUCAAAUUUAUUUUAUUUUCAUUAACAUAACAAUGC